AUGGAGCUGAGCACGGUGCCCGGCGCCGAGCAGGCGGGCCAGGAGCUGCGGCUGGCCACGCCCACUUCAACUUCGUCCAAGCGCGGCCGGCAGGACGCGGAGGCCACCACGCCCUCAGCGCCCAAGCGCAAGAAGAGGAAGGCGCGCAUCUGCAAGGAGCCCGGCUGCGAUAAAUACGUCGUGGACCACGGCCUGUGCAUCCGACACGGGGGAGGCAAGCGCUGCAACGUGGAGGGCUGCAAUUGCCGCGCGCAGAACCGAGGGCUGUGCUGGAAGCAUGGCGGCUACACCAUCUGCAAGGUGGACGGCUGCGCCAAGCGCGCCAAGUCGCGGGGCAUCUGCUGGUCGCACGGCGGCGGCACCCGCUGCAAGACCGAGGGGUGCUCCAAGAUCGCCGUCUCGCUAGGCCGCUGCUGGGCGCAUGGCGGAGGCAAGCGCUGCUCCGUCGAGACGUGCCGGAAGCCAGCGUCCGAGCGCACCAACAACUUCUGCACCGACCAUUACGCGUGGUACAGCCAGCAGGACGAGCCCGCCGUGGCCGAGGAGCGGCAACUCAUGGCCCAGCCGACGCAGUAG